UUCCGGCCUCUUCAUGCAAAGUUUACGACGCGCGUGUAUCACCCUAACAUAGACCACACCGGCGCCAUCUCGCUCGAUAUUUUGGGUACUGAAGGGAGUUCGAUAUUGAAUUUUGAACAUGUACUACUCUCGAUAUGCUCAUUCCUCGAUGACCCAAGUCCAGAUAAACUUCUUGUUCUAGAGAUAGCCUAUAACUUCAAGACUGAUAGAGCUCGGUUAUAG